AUGGGCAAGCUUCCGCGCUUGUCCGACGUGGAGUUCCUGUGCAAUCGAAUAGCCAUCCUGGGCGAGGGCAAGCUGCAGUGCUUGGGAUCGCUGUCGCACCUCAAGGAGAAGUUUGGCAAGGGAUACACCAUCAUGGUGAAGACGCUGUCGGAUAGGAAGCAGGACAUCUACUACCAGCGCGAGGUCAGCAAGGCUGUCACUAAGACCUUUCAUCAAGCCGAGCUGGUCUACACCUACGAGGGUGUGAUGGAGUUCCGCAUGUCCCGUGUGGAAAUGCUUUGGAGCGAGAUGUUCGCCCGCAUGGCACGCAUAAAGAAGCGCUUCAAGCUCCAGGACUUCUACAUAGCUGACACGUCGUUGGAGCAGCUCUUCCUGAGCGUGACUCGCAAGCAGGCUAGCGAGUCGGCCGCCGCGGCGGCCGCGCAACAGCAGCAAGUUCCAGUGAUGGGACACACAAUGGCCACCACGCUGGGCAUAUAGCGCGC